UUGUCCCAUCCGUUCUCGUAGGCGUUGUAGGCGACUUCCAUUUUCAGGCCCUCAGGAUUUACAGUCAGGAAAAGGCCUUGCUCCACGGCUACUACAUGUAUGAAGUAACGGCGCAGCCUGCUGGCGGUAGGUCUCGUGCAGGUCCAAGCGGACCUAGGGCCCGGGGCCUCUGCUUUGGCAGCGUUGGGUCUGGAUGUCCGGAGCCAGACCCUGUCGACUCAACCCUGGGGUGAUGCCCAUUUAUAGCCGUGCGUUAUUUUCUUAGGUUUUCACUCCACCGACUUUCUCCCUCUCCUGUGUGCCCCCCACACCAAAAAUGUAGCUCAGAAUUUGCUAGAAGACAUUUUGAGCUUCAGUUUGCAUUUAUCAUUUGAUGAAACCCCACGUCUGACUUCAGACUCCCCAGAUGGAAGAGGAGGAAACUUGAACCACAGAGCCGGUGGGAGGCGUGUGGGACAGACUGGAAGCGGUUCUGUGCCCGGGAGCCCGCCGUGAGCGUGUCACACUGGGAGCAGAGGACGCGGGGCUGCCGAUUCUGGGAAGGCCCUGAAUCCUGGCUCUAGACGGGUGGGGGGUCGGGCAGGACCUCCGAGGCCAGCUGACUCCGUGUCGUCCUCCCCACGUUUGCAGCCGCAGGCCCUGGGAGUGGGAGACACGAGUAAGGGUUCGUACCUCGGGGGACAGCCUGUUCAGGGGUUGACUGUAAAGGGUGGCGUCCCAGUAAAGCGAUGUCCUGCUGUAGGAAAGCCUCUGGCACCUGUCCCUUUGCCCAUUCGCGUCGUAGCCAGAGAGACUGUUUGGGAGGCCAGGUCAGUGACAUGUACCCUCAGGCGAGGGGCCCGGACCAAGUUCUAAAGCCCAAAUCUGCCAGAGGGCGGGUUUGUUUUAGCUCGGGGGCAGCCCGGGCUGGGAGCCCAGGCGGGAGGCAGUGCAGGGGCAGGGCUGGAGCAGUGCAGGCGGCGCGCCGCCCCCGGGGAGGUAGUGAGCCAGCCGUUCUUCCCCCAGGCUUCGAGGAGGCGGCCAGCGAGGAGUUGGAGCCUGAGGAGGAGGCAGUGGAGGACAGCCAGAGCGACGAGGACAGUGAGGCUCUGGACGUGAUCUCCAGCGAGGAGCUUGAGCUCCUCAGUGACACUGAGCCCAGCGAGGGCUGCAGCGGGGGCGGGGGCGGGUCCCCGAGCGAGGACUUGGAGUUUGUCUCCAGUGAGGACGAGGCCCAGGCCAGUCCUGGGGACCCGGAGGAGCUCAUCGAGGAGCUGCUGGGCGAGGAGCUGCCGGGCGAGGAGCUGCCGGGCGAGGACAGUGGGCCUGAGCUCCUGGCUCUGUUCGCGCCCCUGCCGCCUCUCCCGCGAGGCACCGGCCUCCACCACCGAAAGUGUAUGUAGAAUAAAGCACAUCUGCUGCCAGUGCCCGCCAGCUUGGAGGUGACUGAACCAACAGGGGUGGGGGGCCCUGGGAGCCUCUGCCCUCUGGCUGCAGCCCGGCCCCCCCCCCCCCCAGCAGUGCCUAUGGAGCCUGGAAGCCAUGCCGAGCCAGUGUCCUGCGGCUACUCUGAGAGCUAAGCUCCACGCCGGAGGCCGCAAGUUUGAGACGAGGGUGUGGGCAGGGCUGGUUCCCUCUCCAGGCCUCAUUCUAGCUCCUGCUGGCUUCUCAUGGUCUUUGGCAUGCAGGUGGCAUCUCCCAUGGAGUCCCCACUGCAAGUGUGUCCCCGUGCGGUUUUCCCGUUCGGUGAGGACACUGGCGAUUUGGGAUGGGGCCCCUGAGCCCGUCGUGAUUGCGUGGUCCGCAGAGGCCCUGUAUUCCAGUGAGGUUGUGUUCCUUGGCCCUGGAGGUUAGGAAUUGCACGGGAUGUGCUCUCACGUGUAGGGAGCUGUCUGCACGGUUGAGAAGCAACACGUUCCGAAAGGGGAGAGAAGGGACGCUUUGAGAUGAGGCCGAGAGAAGGUCAGGCCAGCCUAGCGCACGGCGAUGGUAGAGGUGCAGCAGUGUGGGCGGCCCUGCAGGGGACCGAGAGCUGCAGCUGUGCUUGGUGCUGCACGUCCCCACACGCGUGUGAUCGGGAAGAAGGCAGGGAGCAGGACUCCAAGGCCCCGCAGAAACAGGGCUUAGGUUUCCUGCAGGAGUUGUUAAGGUACUUUUCCUGUGGCUUUGAACUGACUGCAAAGCCCCAGUUCAGCCCCCGGUCUUGGAGGAACCCUCUGGGCCCCUGCUUGUCCCCACCCCCCCCUCCCGCCCCACUCUGGCGGGGGUGUUGUGAUCUGGUGAGAUGAUGGUCUUAGCAGGAAGUGCUCUUCUGUGUAUUUGGGGACUCUUGCAUGUGGAGCGCGCAUUUGAAAGGAAUUCACUUUAACUGAAAAUUAGCUGCUAGGGAGUUUCCUGGUGCCUUAGCAGCCUUGUCACUGCUAUGGUGGAUCUGAUCUCUGGCCCAGCAACUUCUGCAUGCUGCAGGCGCAGCCAGAACAAACCUCAUCUGCAGCGAACACGGGUAGGUACCAUGCUGGUGAGCCUCAGCCUUUCGGUUGCUUAUCAGGGUGGGCUUUAGGUUUCUGACCCUUCCCCCCACCCUCGCCCCCAGGAGGAGAGGAGAGGGUCAUUCUGAGAACUUUUCUGGGCCCCCAGAGCAGUUCAGCUGUUUGGUUCCCCCAGGGGAAGCCAGCACCCUGCCUCAAGUUCUCUGAGGGUCUUUAUGUCAGGGAUUCCUGCGUCCCUUGCAGGGCGUGCCCCCAGUCCCUUCCUCUGGAAUUUCGGUCCCCCUAGUUGGAGAGGCUCUGUGGCCGCAGGUGCAGGGCGAGGUGGGCUUGCCCACAUGCAGGGAGGCUGAGCAGGUGCAGCACCACCUGUGAGGCGGUAAGAUGGCAGCAGAGGUGAUGCAGCCAGAGGGCGACUCUGUCACCUCCAGGUUCCUCCUGGGAGGGGUGGUGCUCUCGGGUGGGUGAAAUAGGACCAUUUGGAUAGAUUUUUGGUACCAUUAGAAAAUGGAGGGCUCCAACUCAGACUACAGUGUAGCAAGAAAUUCUGUUUUGUAGCAGAAUCAUCGUGUUGGAGCGGGGAAAGCACGUUCAUUUGGUGCCUGUGACGACGUGCUUCCUGCUUGGCACUGGACAGGUGUACCCCAGCACCUCGUGUGAUGCUCUGGCGAGUUCUCCUUAGCUCCCGAUUCUGUUGACUUGAGAUUCCUUUCAGACACGUUCUUUUCUGCUUCGGAACAUGGAGAGCGGUUUGAGUUGUGAAGGAGUGGUUGUAGUCUGUGGUAUCGGGGUCACUGCAAGACCAUCUCGUUGAAGUCUUCUGCUCCCAGAGGCCUUCGCAUUUCGAGCGCUUCCCCUUUGCCAAGGGUCGCUGUAUUUUCGCUUUGAAACUGUGGUGUAACAUGGCUCUUUUCCUUUGUUCGAGCUGCCCAGGGUGCUGCUUAGAGCUUGUGGUGUUUUUCUUUUUGUGCAGUUGUUCUGUGUGGCCUGGUGGAUUGAAGGGCCUGGCUGGUGUCACAGUGCAGGCCUCUCUCCCUGCUUGGGUUUGUAUUCCCUGAAGGCUUUCCUUCAGGACCUGGGCGAAGGUGGUUGGUCGCAUGUAGUCAUGGCACCUAGCUUUGCUCCUGCUGGCAUCAGGGUGGGCCAAGGCCCUUGACUAGGUGUGGGUCUUCACUCCAUCAGGUACUGAAUUUUGGUAAAAUUGAAGAGGACAUAUGGCUCUAAACCUGUCAGGACUUAGUUUUUUCUUGUCUUUCUCUAUGUAGGUAGGUAUGGCACAUUUUGCACUCAGUUUUUUCACAACACCCAGUUCACUGUAUUUUUUGUCUUGAGUUUGAUGUUACUUACAUUGUCAGUUUUAGUAUCUUGUAAAUAAUCACAUGGAUGGAUUUGGUUUGGUAUUUCCGAGAGAAGAGCGAGGUCAUAGGUGGUUUGAGAGGUGUCUGGUCAUCAAGGAUGACCGGAACCCAGAAAGAGUCAGAUCUUGGGCCUGUGCCUGUUGCCCGCAGCAUCCGUGUCUCAGAACAUGGCAUUGUUGCCAUAUACAAAGACCUGGCUAAGACACGGGCAGAGUGACCAUGGCCAUGUCUCUGAAAGUUUUCUCAUCUGUAUUUAGGUUCCCAGAGAGACAGAUCUAGCAGGGUAUGUAUUUCUGUAUCUCAGCAUCUCUUCUUGAAGUAAUUCAAUAUAAGGAGUCGGCUCGCUUAAUUAAGGAGCCAGACACCUUCAGAGUCUGCAGAGCUGAGCCCAGGUUUGAGCCCCGAGGCCGCCCGCUGGAAGAGCCAGCGGCCUUCCGUUCAAGGGCCAGCAGGCAGGAGCGCUCUCCUGUGUUUGCGGGAGGGUCGGUCUGUCCAGCCCCUCGGCUGAUGGGAGGGGCCCAGCCACACUGGGGAGGCCAGUCUGCUGAUGUGCACGCUGCCCUCACCCAGCAGCCCCUCAGGGACACACCCAGUCGCUGGGAACCUGCGGCCCCUUCAGUUGACACGGAAGCUGCUCCUGCGCACCUCGACACCCUCCUCCCGAGCUCCCUCAGCCCGACUUCCUCGCCAGAUAAAGUCGAGGGCAAGGUCACAGUUGUGCGGCCAUAACUGUGCUGCAACCUUUCCCCAGACAAGAGGGCGGCCCUUGGAUUUGCCCUCGGAUGUCCCGCUGUGGAGACACUGGCACAGAGUCUGCAUGUGACGUGACAUGACUCGGGGGUGAAGAGGCAAGGAAGCAAAGAUGUGCGUAGUGUUUUUUGUUUCUUUUUUUUGUCUUUUUUUUUUUUGCUAUUUCUUUGGGCCGCUCCCUCGGCAUAUGGAGAUUCCCAGGCUAGGGGUCUGAUCGGAGC